AUCGUCUGUCAGAGAAACAGACCGCCAUAGCCCCGCCUUUCAGUGCGAGUUUAUCUGUUAAUUUCCGUCACUAAGUUAAAAGUGAUGAAAAUAGUAAAAUGACCGAAAAGAUAACGCUAGCUGAUGCCCUGUCUAAUGUAGAGGUGCUGGACGAAAUACCUCUGCCCGAUGAGCAGCCGUGUAUUGAAGCCCAACCCUGUUCCAUUAUUUACAAAGCAAAUUUUGAUACGAAUUUCGAGGAUCGUAAUGGUUUCGUUACGGGCAUUGCCAAGUACAUCGAAGAAGCGACAACACACGCAAACUUGAACGUUUUACUUGACGAGGGUCAAAAGCAUGCUGUUAUGCUGUAUACCUGGCGCUGCUGCUCCCGGGCCAUACCGCAGCCAAAAUCAAACGAGCAGCCAAAUCGUGUGGAAAUUUAUGAAAAAACCGUGGAAGUUCUAGCACCGGAGGUAAAUAAAUUGCUUAACUUUAUGUAUUUCCAACGCAAAGCUAUCGAAGCAUUUUCGGGAGAAAUAAAACGUCUAUGUCAUACUGAGAAACGCAAGGACUUCGUAUCGGAGGCAUAUCUCCUUACACUCGGAAAAUUUAUUAAUAUGUUUGCCGUGCUGGACGAAUUGAAGAAUAUGAAGUCAAGCGUAAAGAACGACUAUUCGACAUAUAGACGCGCAGCACAGUUCCUUAAAGUUAUGUCGGAUUCGCAUACGCUUCAAGAAUCACAAAAUCUUUCAAUGUUCUUGGCCACUCAAAACAAAAUACGUGACACUGUCAAGGAUACGUUGGAAAAAAUCGUUGGCUACGAGGAUUUGCUAUCUGACGUUGUCAACAUUUGCGUGCAUAUGUUUGAAACGAAAAUGUAUUUGACGCCCGAGGAGAAGCACAUGCUGGUGAAAGUCAUGGGCUUCGGUUUAUUCCUCAUGGACAGUGACGCGUGCAAUAUCAACAAACUAGAUCAGAAAAAAAAAAUACGUCUGGAUCGCAUUGAUCGCAUCUUCAAGAAUCUAGAGGUGGUGCCUCUCUUUGGCGAUAUGCAAAUAGCUCCAUUUAACUAUAUAAAACGGAGCAAACAUUUUGAUUCUAGCAAGUGGCCCUUGUCUAGCUCCAAUGCCAUCAGCCCGCAGGCAGAUUUGAUGGUGCAUUUGCCUCAGAUACGCGAGGACCAUGUGAAAUACAUAUCCGAGCUGGCACGAUACACAAAUGAGGUGACCACCACCGUCAAAGAGAAUCCAACGGAUGCUGAGAAUCGAAUUACGGCAGAUCUGGCAUUGCGCGGUCUGCAGCUGUUAUCUGAGUGGACCAGCGUCGUCACCGAGCUCUACUCGUGGAAACUGCUGCAUCCCACUGAUCAUCAUCAGAACAAAGAUUGUCCCGUGGAAGCGGAGGAAUAUGAGCGUGCUACUCGCUACAAUUACACAUCCGAAGAGAAGUUUGCACUGAUCGAGGUGAUUGCCAUGAUCAAGGGACUGCAGGUUCUAAUGGCACGUAUUGAAACAGUACUUUGCGAGGCAAUCAGACGCAAUAUCUAUGCUGAGUUGCAGGACUUUGUGCAGCUAACGCUACGUGAACCUCUUCGCAAGGCAGUCAAAAACAAAAAGGAUUUGAUUCGGAGCAUUAUUAUGUCGGUGCGUGAAACUUCCGCGGAUUGGCAAAAAGGCUAUGAGCCCACUGAUGAUCCAGUGUCCAAGGGCAAGAAGGAUCCCGAUGGUGGCUUUCGUAUACAUGUGCCCCGCUUGAAUGUGGGGCCCUCCUCUACACAGCUGUACAUGGUGCGCACAAUGCUCGAGUCCCUGAUUGCUGACAAAAGCGGCGGAAAGCGUACUCUACGCAAAGAUAUUGAUGGCAACUAUUUAAUGCAGAUUGAUACUUUUCAUAAGACAUCUUUUUAUUGGAGUUACUUGCUAAAUCUGAGCGAUACACUGCAAAAGUGCUGCGACCUGUCCCAGUUGUGGUAUCGCGAAUUCUACUUGGAAAUGACUAUGGGCCGCAAAGUAAACAAGUGCAUGGUUCGACAUCAACACAAUGAAGAAUGCAAAGAUUUAAUUACAAUGGAGAAACGUAUUCAGUUUCCUAUUGAAAUGUCCAUGCCAUGGAUAUUAACCGAUCACAUACUCCAAACCAAGGAGCCAUCUAUGAUGGAGUUUGUGCUGUAUCCGUUGGACUUGUACAACGAUUCAGCACAUUAUGCUCUUACAGUGUUCCGCAAGCAAUUCCUCUAUGACGAGGUGGAGGCCGAAGUCAAUUUAUGCUUUGAUCAGUUUGUAUAUAAACUAAGUGAGCAAAUAUUUGCUCACUACAAGCAACUGGCUGGGAGCAUUUUCUUAGAUAAACGUUUUCGUCUGGAGUGCGAAGUUUUAGGUUUCAAUUUCCAAUCAUAUCCACGCAACAAUCGCUAUGAAACAUUACUGAAGCAAAGGCACGUGCAGCUCUUAGGUCGUUCCAUUGAUCUAAACAAACUAAUUACACAACGUAUCAAUGCAAAUAUGCACAAGAGUAUAGAAUUGGCCAUCAGUCGUUUCGAGGGCAAUGAUAUAACUGGGAUUGUGGAACUCGAGGGACUUUUGGAAGCCAACCGUAUUUGUCACAAAAUGCUAAGCAAAUAUUUGGCCUUAGAUAAUUUUGAAGGCAUGGUCAAGGAGGCAAAUCAUAAUGUCCUGGCUCCGUAUGGCCGCAUCACUUUACAUGUUUUUGUGGAAUUAAAUUAUGACUUUCUGGUUAAUUACUGUUACAAUGCAGCUACGAAUCGCUUUAUUCGUACGAAGGUCAAUUUAUCGUCUUCACAGGCCAUACAGCGCGAGAAGCCGCCCCAGAUGUCGCAUUAUUAUCUAUGGGGCUCAAAGCAGCUGAAUGCUGCAUAUACCACACAGUACGGCCAGUAUACGGGGUUUGUUGGCUCACCACAUUUCCAUGCUAUGUGCCGUCUAUUAGGCUACCAGGGCAUCGCCGUAGUAAUGGACAUAAUACUAAAGGACAUUGUUAAGCCACUGAUACAAGGCUCGUUGCUACAGUUCACUAAAACGCUGAUGAUUGCUAUGCCCAAAUCUUGCAAAUUGCCCCGUUGCGAAUAUGGCUCGCCCGGUGUGCUCAGCUAUUAUCAGGCACAUCUUACUGACAUUGUGCAAUAUCCAGAUACUAAAACGGAAUUAUUUCAAUCGUUUAGAGAAUUUGGCAACUGCAUAAUCUUUUGCCUCUUAAUCGAGCAAGCUUUGUCGCAAGAGGAGGUGUGCGAUCUGCUCCAUGCAGCACUCUUUCAAAACAUCUUCCCGCGUCCCUUUUGCAAAGAGAACGAAAAGCCGGAGGCUAAGCAAAAACGUCUGGAAGCUCAGUUUGCCAAUCUGCAAAUUGUGUCUAAUGUAGAGAAAAUUGGUACUGCCAAGCAAGCAAUGAUAGCACGUGAAGGAGAUCUGCUGACACGCGAGCGACUUUGCUGCGGCCUGAGCAUAUUUGAAGUCAUUUUAAAUCGAGUAAAAAGUUAUUUGGAUGAUCCUGUCUGGUGUGGCCCACCGCCUGCUAAUGGUAUCAUCCAUGUUGACGAAUGCUCUGAAUUUCAUCGUCUCUGGUCUGCAUUGCAAUUUGUCUAUUGUAUACCAGUGCGCGGCACCGAGUACACCAUUGAGGAGCUCUUUGGCGAGGGUCUCAAUUGGGCUGGUUGCGUUAUGAUCGUACUGCUUGGUCAGCAACGACGUUUUGAAGCGCUCGACUUUUGUUAUCACAUAUUACGUGUGCAACGCGUUGAUGGCAAGGACGAGGAUGUGAAGGGCAUUCAAUUGAAACGAAUGGUCGAUCGCAUAAGACGCUUUCAAGUAUUAAAUUCACAAAUCUUUUCAAUACUUAACAAAUAUCUGAAGGGAGGCGACGGUGAAGGCUCAAAUGUGGAGCAUGUGCGUUGUUUCCCGCCACCACAGCAUCCAUCGGUCAUAUCCUCAUCGUCACACUAUCAAGAUCCACAAAAGCUACGCCAGAGCAUGAACAAUUAAGAAUUAUACAGUGUUUAAGCUAAUCAUAGACUCGUAACA